CAGAUGAGAUUGCACGCCUUCGACAUGGCUGCAUCUCUGAUAUGUAGGAACACACAGAGCAGAGUUAGCUCCGUUUUAAACAGAGAUGUCAAGCAGUUUGGCAAAAAGUUCAUGUUUGAUGGCAGUGAGGAGACCUGCUGGAAUUCUGACCAGGGAGAGUGUCAGUGGGUGCUCUUGGAGUUCCCUGUGCCUGUCAGAAUGUCUGAGCUUAAACUGCAGUUCCAGGGAGGAUUUUCAGGGAAGUCUUGCAAGUUAGAAGGCUGUAUUAAAGAUGGGAAUCUGGAACACAUCAUGGACUUCUAUCCAGAAGACAACAACUCUUUGCAAAGCUUUCCCAUUCAAAAUGCCCCACUGGUGCAGAAGCUUAAAAUAGUGUUUGAAAACAGUACAGACUUUUUUGGAAGAAUAAUAGUGUACUCUUUGGAUGUCCUGGGAGAAUGAGCUUCUUGAUGUUUGGAAAAGAGGACAAACGAGAGAAGAAUGCAAAACCAGAAUCCCCCCAAAAAUCUGUCUGUGAUUGACAGAUCACCUGAAACACUUACACUCGUUAUUUGAUGACGA